AAAUCUUGCAAAAUUGGACAAACCCUUUGCGACUUUGUACGACAACAAGAGGUCGUACCUGCGGACCGUGCUCGGAAGGGAAGCGCCAUCAGCGAAGAUGGUACUACCUCCUGCACCACGCAACCUCAAAGGAAUACCUCCAUUUCUAGCGAGGAGCAAACUGUGCAGGGAGCUAAUAUACAAAAGUCGGGACACCGUUCGUUUAAUAGGUCUGCCUCCUCUAGGCAAAACCCGCACCCGACAUCAAAACUAAAAGACACACUGAGCAGGAAGCCCAAUCGCAAGCAGGACGCACUUUCUGCACAUACGAGCACCAGCAGCACCACAUCGAUCCAAUCAUCACCCAUCGAGCCAGCUUCCUCUCUGCCCACGCUGCACACCACGCAUACACCACCGGCUUCCAGCAAAAAUAACCUUUUUGUGCGGGUGUUUCGACGCUUUUCAAGUAACUCCCUUUCCGGUAAGACGUCGGCUAGCCCCAAAAACGAAGUCGACGCACCGAAAGUCAACGAUAACAACAACGGCACUCUGAAAAAAGAGCAAUCGACCGAUUUAGAGGUGCUUUGCUCUCAAGACAAUCGGAGCAGGGAACACAAUGAGGACAAAAUGGAUGGCAAAAUACAGCCUGCAGAUGCCAAGAGCAACCAGAAAGCUGGUGUAGCUUCGGGCAAUCCUAAAAAAGACAAGUCGGCUAAGGGAACGUCGCAAGCGGUUGUCUCAGACACCAAGAAAAUGGAGGCAAGGAAGUCCUCCUCGGACACGGUAAUAGAACCGUUGAUCAAACAACAGGCCCCACUGCAUUCGUCCAAGACCACGCCCACGACCUUGACGGCAAACUUCGUACAGAACAUUCGAUUCGUGCGCAAAAAUGUGGAGCAGUCGGGCAGGAACACAAAUCCGCUGCAGUUCGUCGAGCUUGAGACGGAGUUUCCGCGCGACUAUGAUGACAACAUUGAGAUGCUGUCCCGCGAGGCGGAGCACUUGGAGGAGCAGUUUCGCACGCCUACGCGGUCGAAUGCAACGGAUGCCACUUCCCACCAAGUGGCCGGCAUUAUUGACAACAUUAUUACCGAAGCGUCACGGAGUCUUACAAUCGAGAAGACUGAAGACGAUGUGCCAUUGAAGUCCUCCACCAAGCACUCGAGCGGCGUCAAGCGCGUUGGCUUCCAGGUCGAGGAGAAGGACGAUACCGAAAGUCAAAGCGAAAAACAGCCAAAGAGCAUCGAUGAUACAGCCAAGAAGUCGGAGAGCGCCGAGGUUAGCGCAGAGGAAGUUACUGUCACUGGUUCCUCCACGGAUGCUUCUGCAUCUCUGCUACCUUCCACGUCGACGGUGUCCACCACCUCGUCAGCCACAUCGAUCACCAAGAGCAAAAGCGAUGAGGACGAUGACCCGGUGGCUAUGUCCCCGUGCGGCCGUUUUUUUAAGUACGACAAGGAGGUUGGACGCGGAUCCUUCAAAACUGUCUAUCGUGGUCUGGACACGUUGACGGGCGUUCCAGUUGCCUGGUGCGAAUUACUGGACAAGCAAGUAAAGAAAAGUGAGCGCACCAGAUUUCGCGAGGAGGCAGACAUGCUAAAGAAACUUCAGCACCCAAACAUUGUGCGGUUCUAUACAUAUUGGGAGUUUCCCAUCGGCCGCAAGAAGAAUAUAGUACUAGUCACCGAACUAAUGUUAUCUGGAACUUUGAAAUCCUAUUUGAAACGAUUCAAGAAAAUACACCCAAAGGUAUUGAAGUCAUGGUGUCGCCAGAUCCUAAAAGGCCUCAACUUCCUGCAUACUCGUCAAUUUCCUAUAAUUCAUCGUGAUUUGAAAUGUGAUAAUAUUUUUAUAACUGGCACCACUGGUAGUGUUAAAAUCGGCGACUUGGGUCUGGCAACGUUGAAAAACCGCUCCCAUGCGAAAUCUGUGAUUGGCACGCCGGAGUUCAUGGCCCCGGAAAUGUACGAGGAGCACUACGACGAGUCGGUGGACGUAUAUGCCUUCGGCAUGUGCAUGUUGGAGAUGGCCAUCUCCGAAUAUCCAUAUAGCGAGUGCAAGGGUCCGGCGCAGAUCUACAAGAAGGUGAUCUCGGGCAUAAAGCCAGCUGCCCUGGCCAAGGUGGAGGAUCCCAACGUACGAGACAUCAUCGAGCGAUGCAUUGAACUAAAGAAGGAGGACCGUCCCAGCUGUAAUGAACUUCUAGAAUCGGAGUUCUUCGACGAGGACAUCGGCAUACGCGUGGAGCCCACUGCCUCGGAACAGUUCCUUUCUGAUCCGAGCAUCAGUAUCAUCGAGUUCCGUCUGCGUUUUAUGGACCCAAAGAAGCGAUCGUCCCGACAUAAAGAGAACGAGGCGAUUCAGUUCGAGUACAACAUCCAGCACGAUGAGUACGAGCAGAUUGCGCAGGAAAUGAUGAAGGAAAAUAUUAUAUCGGAGGAUGAUUCUCGUGCUGUAGCUCGACUUCUGAAGGUGCAAGUUGUAUCGUUGCUUAAAGAGCGUGCCCAGCGUCAAACUCAAAUCAAGCUGCAAAACGAGAAGUCACGUUUGGAGAAACUAGCAUUACAAAAGCAACGUGAAAGUUUGCCGACCAACGUCGACGAAGAUGAGGAAGAAGAAGAGGAGUCCGAGGACGAGGAGGAUGGAGUAAAGUGGAAUCAGCGCCUGCAGCUCAAGUAUGAUCUGCUUAACACUGAUUCAGAAACUAGCCUAGCUCUCUCCACGAACAGCGUCGAGCCGCAACAACUUUCCGCGCGCUCGAACACUUCGAUUCCGAACAGUGGCAUACAACAACCUGUUCAGGUCCCUGGUCCUGUGGCCGUUCCCCAGUUGAUCUCGGUGCAGCCGCAAGCAAUCCCCUCACCGGCCAUUCCCAUGCAACAGAAGCCAACCGUGCACUACAUUCAAACCCCGCAGCUGGCCUCUUAUCAAAACUCGAACACGACAAUGCAGGAGAUGGGCAACAACCAGGUAAUCUCGCCGACGGGCAGUCAACAGAUCCAACAGCAGCAACCCAUUGCUGCGCCGACCGUCAAUCAUCAAAUCAUGCCGCAGCAACAAGUCAACCAGCAACAGCAGCAGCCACAAAUAUUGCAGCAGAUGCCUCAGCAAGUUCAAGUUCAGCAAGUGGCCCAGCAACAACAACAACAAACUGUUUUGCCUCCGCAGCAACACGAGCAGCAGCCACAGCAACAACAACAACAACCACAACCAAUGGCAGAUCAGCAAAAGAGCCAACAAAUUCCCUUGCAGCAGCAAUUGCAGCAGCUUAUGCACACCAACGUGCAAGCACCGGAUCUGUCGCAGCAGCAACAAAUGGCUCAGAAACAGGCCCAGCAAUAUUUUCAGCAGCAGCAACAACCACAGGCUCCGAUUUCUAUGCAUCCAAAUCAGCUCGCGCAGCAGCAACAGGCUUAUGCGAUGCAACAGGCUGGCCAGCAGCAAAUUCAACAGCAGAUCUUACAGCAGCAACAACAGGCGGCGGUCUUACAGCAGCAACAACAGGCGGCAGUCUUACAGCAGCAAAUGGCCCAACAUCAACUGCAGCAACUCCAGCAGCAGCAGCUUCAACAACAGCAGCAGCAACAGCAAAUUCAGCAACUCCAACAACAGCAACUCCAGCAGCAGCAGUUUGUGCAACAGCAGCAAUAUGCUCAAGCCAUGCCACAGCAACAACAUCAACAAUUAAUCACGGUCUCGCAGGUGAUGGCACCGCAGCAACAUCAGCCACCCAUGCAGAUCCCAGUUCAGAUGCAAAUUCCACCCACUUCAGUGGCUCCUACAAUACAGCAGACUUACAACCAGCCACCACAAGUGACACUUGGUGAUCCCCAACAUGCAGGGUUCUCGGCCAUACCUCCGCAGCAAACACAAUUUGUGCCACAACCCACACAGCAACCAAUACAGUUGUCAAUGCCUUUAGAGCAGCAAUUGCAGCAGUUGUUGCACAGCCAGCCGCCCCAGCAACAACAACCCCAACAGCCUAUAAGUCAACAGCAGCAACAACCUUUGGUUCAACAACAGCAACAACCUUUGGUCCAACAACAGCAACCUUUGGUCCAGCAUCAGCAGCCACCCCAGUCACAGCUGAUCCCUGGUGUUCAGCAGCAGCAACUACCACAGCAGCAACCUCAAGCAGAACAACACCCACAGGUUCCUUCGCAAGGCCCUGUACAGCACGAAAAUGUGCAGCCAAUUCAAGUUAAUCAGGAACUAGCUGUCGCAACGGAAACCAUUUCUGUUAAUAGUACCCAAGCAAACCCUGAAGGUGCACCCAAAACAGAAACUCUGACAUCUGCAGAUGCGGAAAAGCAGCAGAAACAACAGGGCACGGGAACACGUUCCCAAAAACCAAGACGCUCUAACAGGAGCGGCAACGAAAGGAUUCCGAAGCUAAGUGUUACCAGUGUGGACGAGGGCAGCGUCAUAAACUGUCACAUGGAAAACAAACUUAAAACGAUUACGUUUAAAUUCGACAUAGGAGAUGUUAAUCCGGUUGAAAUUGCCAAUAAAUUGAUCGCCCAAGAUUUGCUUUCUAAUUGCCAAAGUACAGUUUUUGUGGAAAUGAUCAAUGAAAUUGUAGACCAAGUCAAACAGAAUCCUAAUCAAAUUCCUAUACCGACCAAUUAUCGCCGCAAUAUUGAAAAGGUCCGACACGCGUCUCUAACUCGACAGCGUUCCACGUUUAGGUCACACCAAAGACAUAGAUCUCGGGAUGAAACCGCCAGCGACAUUACGAAGAUGUUUGAACCCACUAUCCAUGGUGUUGAAACUCUGCCUUCCGGCGGAGGAGGCACCGAACCGUCGAACUCCAAUUCGACGUUUGAGGCCAAGCCACAUGUUCCCAACACAGCCAAUGCGCAAGAAGGCCAGGUGAAUGUUGGAACCCCACCCACAACCACUUCGACCAUGUCUUCCUCAUCAACCGCAUCGAGGGAUGCACCCAAUGGCAGCAAUGACGUGACCAUCGGAUCUGGUUCCGUUUCCCGCAAGACAAGCACGGCCUCGGAAUACACUUCGCUGUCGAUUGACUAUAUGCCUGACAGCAACAUUACUCCAACUGGUCCGGAACCACCGCUCGAUGAUGCCAAGGAUAAUUCACUGAUUGUGAGCCAGAAGCCUUGUUCCUUUGCUAUCGCUAGAAUGCAAAAGCUUUUGGAGUCGACCGGUGGUGGUGCUCCCCGUAGCCUAAAUCUGCCUUUGAAUCGUCACCUAAAGAUUCAAGAGGACCUAAAGCAUACUAGAAGCCUUGACGACUUGACCGCAGUGAAAAUAACCUUUGACAUGCCCAACAAAACCGCUUUGGAACCUUUGGAGAACGCGCAGCAAGCUUCGGCAGUAGAAGCUGAGAAGCCAAAAGAUAAAUCCGCCCAGGCAGUGGGAAACCAAGGAACCGGAGCAGCCAACACUCUGGAGCAGCUAAAGAUAGAACUAGAGAACAUAACUCAUGCCCACGCCUUUGCCUCCGCGGUGGUGGCCUCGAUCAAUAACAGAGCCCCCCACCAAGCUUCCCCAGCACCAGCCAUGUCCUCACUGAAGACUUCAUCUGGACAACCACAAGCCCAGGAGGUAAACAAGGCGAAUAACGGAGCAGGGCCAUCAGCACCUUCAGUUGGUCAGAAUACUCCCACUGCAGCUUUGACAUCCGCCAGGGGCUCUGGAUCCUCCGUCUACAAUUCACGUCGCACUUCCAUCGACAACAGUAUGGGAUCCGAUGUGCACUUGCACACUGCCACUAAUCUUGAAGGGACAGUUAGUAACUCGGAUCCGACUCCAACUGAUGCAUCAGUUGGCAUCACCAUCGGCACGGGUCACGAGAAGCAACUUUCCAAACAACCCAGCUUGGAAAAACCAUCGACCACUUCCAUUUCGACUAACAGCAGUGAUCCUCCUCAAAGAAAUCCAAGCAAUGGAUCAAUUAAUCAGAACUCAAUAGCAGAUUUGGAAAAAAAAUUAGCAGCCUUGCGAAAUACCGAAAACUCCGAAGAGUCUGCAUCAGCGACAUUGUCUGUGGCUCCUAAACAAAUUGAAGAGGUCGUGAACCCCAGCGCCCGUAAAAUAUCGCGUUUCAGUGUCAGUCGAGUACAGGAGCAGAAAACUUCAACCGGUGUGGAGGAACCUGCACAAGGUCAACUAAAGAUCGACCUGCAGGUCGUAGGCCCUGGCGGUCAGAUACAGCCCAACAACUCGGUGCAGAACGGUAGUGUGGUUAAUACUCCAACUGAAGUUAUCAGCUCUCCCAUUCAAAAUGUUCCGCUGGCCAUUAACGGAAUUCAGUUGAUAUACCAACAGCCCCAGCAAAUCCACCAGUUGCCUGGAGGAACCUCCACUUCUACAAGCGGAGCAGGUGCUCAGUGCAUAGUCGUGCCUCAAGUUAUUAAUCAGAAUGGCACCCACAUGCAACAAAUGUCUAAUCUUCAGCCACAGCAGCAACUUGUGCAUCCGAACAUACCACAACAGCCGCAGCAGACUCCACUUAACGGCCAUCAGUCCAUGGUUAACACUCACCAGCAGCAGCCACAACAGCAAUCCAUACCGAUGCAGCCGAUCCAGCCGCAACAGCAGCAGAAUCAAAUGCCUCUUAUGUCGCAACAACAGCAGCAAAUCAUGAUGCAACAGCAACAGGGAUCCCAGCAGGGAUCGCAGCAGUAUAACUUGCCCACCACGCAACAGACUCAUCCGCAGCAUCAGUUCAUCCAGACGCAGCCCAACCAGCUUCACUCGCUUCCUCCCCAGGUGGUGAGCAUGGCCCAGGGAAUGCCACAUCAGCUUCCACCCAUGCAGACAAUGUCGGCCCAGCAGCAAAUGAUCUCGCAACAACAGCAUCAGUUGCAGAUGCAAUCGCACAUGCAGCAACAAAAUGUGCCGGGAAUGUACAACCAGCAAUCCGGAGCUCGUGUGGCUGCACCACAAAAUUUUCAAGGUGCCGUCCCAAAUCAUUUGCUGCAACAGUCCCCGCUGAUGGCAUCCCAGCAGCCAGCACAGCCCAUGCAACACGUUAUGCAACCAAUUUUUAAUGCAACGUCUGGUGAAGUUACCGAAGAGCCUGUAUCUCUAGCAGCUACGCAUCCACACUUGUUACCGAGUGACAUACAAUCCGACAUAAAGCACAAUUUAGACUCGUUGGUAAACCAAUUGUGUAACACGCGCUUGGGUACUAACCAGCACCAACGGCUGUUGCUGUUGCGUCAAAGACAACUCAUCGAAGAGGACGAGCUGCGUCUAAAACAUUAUGUGGAAUACGAAAAGUUUCAAAAGGCACUGCGCCAAUCUAUUAGCACAAACGUUCCAGCGACUGCAGCUUACUACUCAGCAGCAGCAGCAGCACAGCUUCCAACUAAUUUGGCAGCUCCUGCUGCUCCGUCCUCAUCGAAUCCGACAUCCACUAGCUCCGCAAACACAUAACUUCGCUAAAUGUUUUGCUUCAUGCACCUUUGACAAGCCAUACAACAGAUCUACUCUAUGUUCUCGGCAAUAUAAUUGGCUCGAGUGUGAGGACGUGGAUCUGGAGGUAGAUUUUAAGUGAAAAGUUGUCGAAUGUUACGGGGUUGUCUGUAAAUAUUAGUCAAACGCUUCUUGUUGAUAUGCCAUUGUUUUAUAUUUUUCUUUCUGUUUCACUUUUAAUUUAAAAAAUCCUAAUUUCCGAUCUUGGCUUUCGUUUAUUUGUUUAAAAUAAAUAUUAAAUUUUUGUAUGAACUUUUUAAGAAAAUUGUACAUUUUAUUAGUAAAAAACUGUAAAUAAACAUUUCGAUAAUGUAAUAAUAUAA